CCCAUUCCCUCCUCUCCUCGUCUCCUCCGUUGCCCGUGAUGGCGCUGCUUAUUGCUCAACUGCUCAAGAAUUUUUAUAGAAGUUUUUUAGUCUGAGAAUUUCAAUUUUGAUUAAAAAAUGAAACUUUUUCCGUGUUGCAGUUGAUUUUCGUUCAAGAAUGUUGCCAUGUUGCUGAUAUUUAGCUACUACUCCUUCCUGUUAGAGUUUUGAGAGCUGGAAUUCGCACUACGAUUUUGAAGAAGGGAAAGAAGAAAGCAAAGUGACUUUAACAACGAUGAUGGAUGAGUGGUUAAAGAACCAGAUCUUUGCAAUCCAUGCACUUUCUGGUGUAGGGUCGGUGGCAUUAGGCACAGCUCUUACUUACCCUCUUGAUACUACCAAAACCCUUAUUCAGGUUGGUUCAGGGUCUAAUAAACAACUGACAACUGCUCAGGUUUUAAAGAGAGUUCGAUACUUUUCAGGAAAUACAGGUUUGUACAAUGGCUUCCUAUGGCUGGCAGUGGGAAGAACUUUGGGGGUUGGAGCUCGCUUUGGGACCUAUGAAAUUUUGACAGCCUUUUAUAAAGAUGGUCGAGAAGAUAACUAUGUCUACGUCUCUGAGGCCCUCCUGGCAGGACUUGUUGCUGGUGUUGCAGAAGCACUAAUAAGUUCUCCCUUUGAACUUAUAAAACUUCGUGCCCAGGUGACCUCUGCUUCUCGCAUUCCAAGCUCGGCCUCUCUCACAGAAAAGGGAGCUGUUGCACCUGUGAUUCAAAGAUUAUUGCGUGGAUAUAUUCCAGACAUGAAGGCAUUAAAUUCUUCUGUUGGCCUUUUAUCCACCCUAACAACCAAACAUCCCAAUAUGACGAGUGCUUUACAAGAGUAUCCAUGGAUGAUGACGGGAUCUGGAAGGCCACCAUCCGUGUUCAGUGUUAGGAAACCAUCUGAAGUCAUCUCUUUAGAAGGAUGGGGUGCAUUAUGGAGAGGCCUACGGUCAGGGGUUGUUCGGGAUUCAGUUUUUGGUGGCAUAUUCUUCUCUACUUGGCAAUCCCUGCACCGAGCAAUGCUUGACUGGAAGGCAGUGGGGAUGGAUCCAGAACCUAGGUCGGAUGAUGAAAUUGGUCCGCUGUCUCCUUGGGCUGUGAGUCUUGCUGCUGGAGUUUCUGGUUCAGUUGCUGCAGCUGCUUCUCAUUGUUUUGACACUGCUAAGUCUCGAUCACAAUGUAUUGUGCUGCCCAAGUUUGUCUCCACGGAGAGGAAGCUUCUGAAAUGGGGAAGACCAGGGAAUAGGUUUGAGAGACUUACAGGGAUUCACCCUGCAGACAGGAAUCUCCUGUUCCGUGGCCUUGGGUUACGGAUGGCUCACAGUGGGAUUGCAUCAUUCAUCAUGGUGGGAAGUUAUUUCUUGACUGUGGAUCGUCUUGCUUGAAGAUGAUCAAAUUAAUUGGUGAAUUCACAGAGAGCUGCAUAUGUGUAGCUGUAUACGUUUAGCUGGUUUGUUAUCUAAAUGAAACUAGUCUUCUUUCCAGAGGCAUUGAUAAUACAUCUUCGGUUUUAACAUGCUUGUCUGUGUCUUCCUCUAAACAAAAUCUCGUCCUGGUUAUUCUUAAUUAUGACUUUUUAACUACACUACGCACAUUUUCGUUGUA